AUGGCGGAAAUGACCAAUGGCGCUUUCAAGCACGACAACUCCCCCGUCCCCAACGUCGACCGAGUGCUGCCCCUCUUUUCGCUCAAGGGAAGAACCGCAAUUGUCUCAGGCGCCGGUGCUGGCAUCGGUCUCGCCGUCGUAGAGGCCUUUGCAGAGGCCGGCGCCAACGUUGCGAUCUGGUACAACAGCAACAAGCAGGCCGAGGAGUCGGCUGCGACCAUUGCCAAGACGUACGGCGUCAAGUGCAAGGCAUACCAGGUAAACGUUACCUCGGCCGAGGCCGUCGACAAGGCCAUCGCGGACAAUGUCAAGGAAUUCAACGGCCGCCUCGACGUCUUUGUCGCCAACUCGGGCAUCCCAUGGACCAAGGGCGCCUUCAUCGACGGCCCUGCCGACAUGGCCCGCGAUGUCAUGUCCGUCAACGUGGACGGCGUCAUGUGGUGUGCGAAGAGCGCCGGCGCUCACUUCCGCCGCCAGAAAGAAGAGGGCACGACGAUUGACGGCAAGCCUCUCGAAAACUACACCACCGGAAGCUUCAUUGCGACGGCGUCCAUGAGCGGCAGCAUCGUCAACAUCCCGCAGCUGCAGGCUGUCUACAACGGCUCCAAGGCGGCUGUGAUCCACUUUUGCAAGAGUUUGGCCGUCGAGUGGGUUGGAUUUGCCCGAGCCAACACCGUGUCCCCUGGAUAUAUCCUGACCGAGAUCUCAUCCUUUGUGCCUACGGAGACAAAGAAGGCGUGGAAGGACAAGACUGUUAUGGGCCGCGAGGGUUACGCCGGAGAGCUCAAGGGCGCAUACCUGUACCUGGCGAGUGAUGCAAGCUCCUAUACGACCGGUCUGGAUAUGAUUGUCGACGGCGGCUACAGCCUACCAUAA